AUGGCCGGGGCCGCCGCCGCAGCAGGCCGCAGGGAGGAGGGCUCGGGGCGGGCUGGGGGGAAGAGCCCAAGCGCCCCCUCCCUGCCGGCCCGGCUCCUCCCGGCCGCUCCCCCGCCCUGCCGCCGCGUCCGCCGCCGCCGCUCCCGGUCCCGCUGGCGGCGCCCGUUCGGCCCCGGCCGGCGCUGCCCCGCCGCCCCGAGCCCCGCUGCCCGUUGGCGGCGCUCCGCGCGGCUGCCCCGUGUCCCUGCGGGCGGCCCCCGCUGCCCCGGCCCGGCCCGGCCCGGCCCCGCUCCGCUCGCGCCGCGCUCCGGCUCCGCGACAAGAUGGCGGCUGUUGAUUCCUCAAUUAAAAAAAAAAGUUUUUUUUUUCUCUUCUCUUUUCCAGAGACCAUGGAGGCGGGGCCGGGGCGGGGACUGCGCGCUGCGUCACCGCGCACGGGGCACGCCCCCCGCCCCCGCCGCCGCCGGAAAGGCGCGAGCGGCGCCGGAAAGAGCCGAGCUCGUCCUCAGUUGCUCCGCCGCGUCCCCGGGGCGGGCGGCCUCGGCGGGUAGCGCGGGCUCUGCCCCUCUUAGCGCCCGUCCGUCACCUCCGCGCGCCCUCUGCGCUCACCUCAGUCUGACCCCGGUGUCGUUCGGCACCGCUACGGCCGCCCUCUCGCAGCGCGUCCCCUCGCGGUCCCCCCCUCGGCGUCUCCGUCGGCGUCCUAAGCCCGCGGUCCCUCCCCGGUGCCCUCCGUUCCGCGGCGUCUCCCCUCACGGCGCCCUCGGUGUCCUCGGCCCGGCCUCCCCGCCACCCCCCCGUUUCCCUUCGGUGUCCCUGUCAGCCCCUCGCAGACGCCCCUCCGCGUCCCCUCUCGGCCCCCAGCGGCACGGAGGCACGGCUCUGCCUGCUACUCCCGGUGUGGGCCGCUGGGGCCGUGCCAGGCCGUGCCCGGCCUCUCCCACACGGCCUGGAGAAAGCGCAGAGGCCGCAGGGCCGGGGCUGUGCUGCGCGUCUCCUCGUCGUCCCCUCGCAGUGCCCGGCUUCCCUCAGCCCAUCCUCCCCCUCUGCCUGCUGCUGCCCGGGCAGUGGAUCCCCUGCGGCAGCCCCUCGCGCCCUGUCAGAGCACCGCUCCAGCUGGUGACCCCAGGCCCGGGCUAAGCAGCCUGCAGGAGGCCGUGGCCGUGCUGAGGGGCUUCUUUCCACAGAUCCAACGUGCCCAGCCCGCUGCCAGCACUGCCGUGCACGAGGGCUGCUCUCAGGCACCGGAGCCAUGGCGCCAGGCGGCGGCGGAGGCUCCCGGCUUCAGAAACACCUGCACUCUGUCUAGACAGACUUCCCUGGCCAAAACAGAUACGGCAACAACCAGUUCAAAGCAUCCACUGCCUCUCCAACGCCGUGCUUCCCUUAGACAGCUUCCUGGGUAAGGCCUGGCUCUCAUGCAUACACGUGGAUGUGUCUCGUUUCCCUCUGACCUGACCACUUGGGAUCCCCCUGCGUAUGGCAGAGCCAAACCCAACCCCAUUCUGCCCGUUUGGCCCUGUAUUUCUCCCAAACACAGAAGGAGGGCUUCAGCUGCAAAAACUUUUCAGCAGAAAUCACCUUUUGUGUGGAUUUGCACAACGUUUGAGUAACGGGCUUGGGCAAACAUAGAAAUCAUUGUCACUAUUGCUUAUAGCCCAGGUUAAGGGGAUCGGAGUCGGGCAGCAAAGCUAACUGUGGGGGUGUGAUAAUAACCAGCACUGAAAAAUCCAGGGUAAUUUCCACUGGAAAACCUGUGUGAGAGCAUCUCUGAUGAGGUUCUCUGUUGCUUUCAAGGUUAUCAGACAAAACGAUCGCCCUCCCAGCGGUGAUGUCCCAUCCUGUGACAUUAAUGGCAGGAAAAUUUAAAGCCAAAGGAAUCUCUUGGCACAAUAUGUAAUUUGCCUGGGGAAAUUAGUUUCAAAAAGGAUCAGAAAGUUAAAUACUAUUGCUGGGCUUAAAGUGAAGGCGAAUAAUUUUAUAGCCAAAAUAAUGUUUUUCUAUGAUAAAUUAUGUAGAAGGAAGGAGUAAUAAAAUGUUGUGCUCCAGGGGAUAACGCCAUCCCGGUAAAGGUCAGGAAGUGCUCUUAAUGCACACGCACAUCGCCGUACAUUAGUCCAGGUGCAUUUUAAUCUGUGUGGAUUUGGGGUCUUUGAUUGGACACAGUGUUGGUCACUUGGGACUCCUUGAGGCCCAACACCUUGUUGACUGCACCAGGAGCCGACGUCCCUUUACGUGUGAGCCUGCAGUGUGCUCACUGUGCGUUACUCCCAUCAACGCACCGUCCAUCCUUUGUGGCACCUCACCCUCUGCUUUGCCACUCAGUCACUUUGCUGUUACGACACUGCCUCUAAUGACAACAGGAUUAUCUUUUCAAACCAGCCCUCCCAGUGCAUGCAUACCGCUCGCUUCCUACACCACUGAGCUCAACAGGUCAUCUUCCAACGCGUGCAGCCAUGCACUCUCCAAUACAAGAAGGCACUUGGUGUUCAUUUGGGACAACUUCCCAAGCUGGUAUGAGUUCGAGAGCUCUGAAAUCCUCUUGUGAAAUGAAAGAAGACCCAACGUUUUUACAAUGGCUUUCACUGACAUGCGCGGCAUCCUGAAAUGCUCGGGUGGAAUUUGCUCAUGAGCUUUGUAAAAUUACCCUCUAAGAGAGAGCGAAUAGGGAAGGAUUGAAGCUAGGAAAGCCCAUUUACAUUACUGAAGUGCUAAAACAGGACAGAGCUGUUAUCUUGAAUUCAUACAACAAAAACAGCUGAGGACAGCAUGAAAUAGAGGAUUUUGCAUGGAUGGGGACUCUUCCAGGAAGACUUUAUAAUGUAAAAUAUCACAAAGCAUACUGAAGCCAGCAUCAGCCCAGUCCUAGAACUACAGAGUCAUUCAGGUUGGAGGAGACCUCUCGGAUCCCCAGCCCACCCCACUGUGCCCACUGCCCACAUCCCUCAGUGCCACAUCCCCACGGUUCUGAACACCCCCAUGGACGGUGACCCCACCUCCCUGUACAGCAGUGCCACUGCAGCACCGCUUUUUCUGAGAAGAAACAUUUCCUAACACCCAACCUGAACCUCCCCUGGUGCAAUUCAAGGCCAUCACCUCUUGCCCAGGUAUCACUGUUACCUGGUAGCAGAGUCCUUAGAACAAGUUCGGUGCCAUGAUCCCAGCCUACAUGGGCAGAGGCACAUAAUUAAUUAACGGGCUACUAAUUAAAACCGAAUAGUACCAGAUUCAGGGCCCAAUCUGAAAUCUCCACUUGUUGUCGUGGUUGGUAUGAACACCUUUUCAUGCAGUUUGCUCUCUCAUUUCAGAUGGCUUUAACCCAAUGCCAGUCUGUUGUGUUGGUCAUAGGACUGGGAAGGGGGAUUGUGCUGAAGACCCCUGUGCAGUCAGGAUGCAGCCCACCCCCUGCUUCACUGCUCUUUCAAUAAGGGAGCUAGGUUGGCCAGAAAUAAUUAACCUGCUGUUUAUUCAAUCAUAUCCCUAUGGAACGUACCCCGAUGAGCCCCUUUGGGUUCUUUGUGUUUGCCCUUCUCACAUCUCAGCUGUUGUCCCCAUGUCCUGGAAUGCAAUAGCUAGACAUGUCCUAGGGACACAACCUGGACAACAGCUCGUCCUGCUGCUCAGAGAGCCCUGCACACAGUCUGGCAUCCAGGGCUGCUCUCUCCACAGCUUCUCCUCCUACCAAGGCCAGGAUGCAUCCCCGCAUGUCCAGCAGUGGGUGGGCAGCACCGUGCACGGAGCCCCUAUCCCUCCUGCUGCACACCCUGGGCUUUUAGGAGGAAAGAAGACUCAUUCCUCUCCCACCCCGGGUCUGUAAGUGGCUGCUCUCAAGACCUGUCCUCGGUACUCUCUUCACCUUCAACGCCUCAAAUCUAUCCACUUCUUUUAGAGCAAAAGCCCCAUCUCCCCCCUCUGCACCUCCCCCUGUGCCAGCAGUGACCCUCUGCUCUCCUGUGCCAGCUGUGACCUCCCACUGCAACACCGGGACACCUCUGUACCUUCGGUGAUGAGUUUAAACCAUUGGCCAUCCACACUCAAAGCAUCGAGCCCCACUCCUGGCCUUGCAGUCCAGCUGACACCAACAGAUGAGCUCUUGCUUUUCUUUGUGACUGCAAGGAAGAGAUGCGUUCCCAGUGACGACAGCUGCGCAUCUCAUGCAUUUGAUGGCUUUGGAAACAGCUUCAGCUCAGCCACUGCCCAGGAUCCAUCCGAGGCUCACGGGGCUGAUGUACAUCGGAGCUGCUGACACGCAGCACGGAUCACACAAGCCCUAAAGUACCUAAAAUUACCUCGUGUUAUCUUUUGAGAACGUCCCCACCCUCCAUUCAGAAUGACAACUUUUGGCAAUGACGGGAAAACAGAAAUGACAGAUGGUGACAAAAUCUGGUACACAAACACGGCGGUAGGCAGUAAAUGAAUGUCACCCACUCUCCCAUUUGUGCUCAUCGCCGUUUUUGAGCCUGCUGGGGUUGUUACGACACACAGAGCAGCCCCAAAGCACGGUGUGCUGAAUGCCAAAGGGGCACCAACUGGAGAGCAGAGCAGAGCCCCCACUGGGGGAGUGCAGCUGAGGGAUCGCACACCAACAGCCCGCCCUGCAGCCACUGGAAAUGCUGCCCUGAAAGCACUGCAUCCGCUGUCACCGGGAGCACGGCUGCAUCACACCGACACGCUCAGGGAAGGUGCUGUGUCAUCUACAGAACUCCUUUUAUUCCCCAUAAAAACAUAAAUCAGCCCUUUUCCUCCCCCAGCAGCCUCAUGCAACGACCAGCACCGCUGCUCCUCCACGACAUGUGGAGGUCCAUGAGGCUCAGGCCGUUCCUCCCCUUCACUCCCUGACAGCCCCAUGCUUGCCCACCGAUGCAGAGCUGUGCUGACAUCCCUGGGCUGGGUUUCGGACCUAAAAACCUCACAGAGGGCCACAACAACACCCUCUUAUUCUCCCGAGGGAACACAACACGUUUUCCUCCCAAUAAAUCAUCGGUGUUUUAUGCAAAAAGAGGCACUCUGAGGCCCCCAGAGCUAAUUGUAUAGACCUGCAUCCAUUUGUAAUUAUAAAUGAGGCCAGCCCUCCCCUAUGAAGAUUUCCAGACUCCUCCCUUUCUAUGACCCAAUGGUGAUUUGCUUACAACACUGUCAGAUACCACCUAUGUGUGAUGAAACAGAGAAGGCAGCACAGCCGUGGUGGGGGACCACUGCAUCUCCUGUGCAGGUGUUCCCUGGGUGGAAGCUGCUCCAUUGCUCUGACCAUCCCUGCUAUCCAGCCCUACUUCUUCCAGCCCUCUAUGCAAUUAAGUAUAACUAUUUUUGAUGCUUGGAUCAGAUGAUCUUAUUGGUCUUUCCAACCUUAAGGUUUCUAUGAUUUGCUGGGGAAUCCGGCAGCAAGGAGCAGACAAGCCCAAGCCUGCCAUGAAGACCACGGCCUUCUGUUCUGCCCUCUGCACUCCUAAAAGCAAUGCCCCAGCCCGACCUGCAGCCUUGGCGAUGCCGUGGGAUGAACACCAGCCGUGGGGCUGGGGCCUUUCACAGGUGCCCACACAGUCAGACUAACAGCCUUUUGGAAGCAUCCAUCCAGGCUCGCUCUAGACAUCAUCUCUGAGUCACUGCUCGUCCUCCCUCCUUUCCCUUGCUCUUAGUAAGACCAGUUUUGCACACAAGGCUGGUGUCCAUGCAAACCAGCAUGCUCACGGCCCAUCUAUUGGCUGCAGACAGCACUGCACGUUUCCAAUGGGAAUCACGGGAUGGAGAUCACGGAAUCGUGAAAGCACAGAAUCAUCCGGGUUGGAAAAGACCAUCAGGACCACCAAAUGCAGCCACCCACCACCUGACCUACCGAGUGCCACAUCCACACCUCUCUGAAAUGCCUCUGGGGUUGGGGACAUUGGGACCGGGAGCCUCCUGCCCAGCCAAGCUCUGCCCGUGCUCCCAGCCCGGGCUCUGCCCGCCUGCUGGACAUGCUCAAAGUUCACAGUGCUAUAAAUACCCCGCGCAGGGCUUGGCAGGGCUGCCCGGCCCGGGGGGGGGUUAGCAUUAGCGGCUGCUAAACCGGGGUUUAAUUGCAAUUAACCCUUUGGCUGCGUGGCUCCCCAUAGGCAGAUGGAAAUAAGAGGAAUCCUCUGAUUCCAAGCUGUUUCUAUAGCCAGAAGAGUGCAGCAGGCUCUUACAUUGGGUCAGUUCCUGCUGGAAGCCGCCUGGGGCUCCUUUCACCCCAGUGGUAUUGGGGACACGCAGGCUUUGGCCCUGCUGGGGCUGGGGGCACUGCUGGGGACCGGGGCAUGAGGUGGUGGGGUUGGGGUCUCCACCAGCACCGCUCACAUUCACAUCACCUCAAACCAUAUGGCCCUAUAUGGCCCUACAAGACCCAGCCUGCACCCCUGAGGGCAACAGAGACACGUCCAGGUAGGACAAGGCCAUGAUUUGGGUCUCUGGCCACCCAGGGGCACACCAACCCCAAAUCCAGUAAUCCCUAUGCUUUGUCUCAAGUUGGAGACAACUCAAAAUGCAGAGCCUGGGGCGUUUCCUGCAGCGGGGUGUGAAGAGGUGAACCACCACGAUGCUCCCAUCGACCACAGAAAUCCACUUUCUGGUGCCUGAUGACCCCCUGCCCUGCCAUGCACCUUAACCAAGCACACCUGCCCUGCAGAUUGGGAUCCUCGUGCUGCUCUUAUGCUGCUCCCAGCACAAGGGGUGUGGGGAGCGAAGGGCUAGGGGUGACCCUGCAGUUCUGCUGAGGCCAGGCACCAUUUGGUGCACGCAUGGGCUCAGGCCCUCAUCCCCAAAGACACAGAGACCCAGUGGGGUCAGGGCCUGGCCCCGAGCCCUCCUUUCACCCGGCCCUAUGGGGACAGCACUGAAAAAGCCAUAUUCCCACCUUCAAAACUUCACUUUUUGGGUACCUUUGGACCAAGCGUUGGUGUCGUCACUGCAUGGCUCUGCUCAGCUCCCUCUGCUGAAUGCCUCCUCGCUGCCAUCGGCCGCAGCAGCAAUGCCAGGCGCUCGCUCAGCCCGGUUUGGGGGUUUGGGUUGUGGCUGCUGCCACCAGCAUGCGGUGGGUGCCGGGCAGGUGCUGUGGGGCCCCAGCCCUGCCCAGCUCUGCUCCCCAGGGCGGCACUAGGGGGAGGUAAAGGCCGGGACAUGCGGGUGCUGCUGGCACCGUGUCC